AUCUACAGAAAUGGAGAGAAUCACAUGUAUGUCUCUUCUGCUCACAGCUGUGGUCAGUUCUUCUGCACGAGCUCCGCGUCAGUAUCACUUUGUGAAUCAGAACCUGAGCUGGACUGAAGCUCAGAGUUACUGCAGAGAGAAAUACACAGAUCUGGUCACUAUCAGUGACAUACAAGAACAGAAUGACAUUGAACAGGCCAUAAAGAGAGUGAACAGCAAUGCUGACCGUGUCUGGAUUGGACUGAGGAGCACAGACUCAUGGAUAUGGUCUCUGAGUGACCCUGCCUUCUACAGAGAACACGAGUCUCAGUACAGGAACUGGGGAUCAAAACAACCAAAUGGAGAUGGAGACUGUAUUUACAUGAAAUGUGUGAAUGAUCAUAAAGGACAGUGGCAUGAUGUAGACUGUAGUAAAGAAAUGUAUUUCAUCUGCUAUAAUGGCAGCAGUAAAGGAUUCAUCAUUGUACAGGAGAAAAAGAACUGGACUGAAGCUCAGAAAUACUGCAGAGAGAGACACACAGAUCUGGCCAGCGUGAGGAAUCAGACUGAGAAUGAACAGAUUCAGAAGAUCAUAGACCAAAACAUAACUUCAAGUGAUCAAGAUAAACAAGUCUGGAUCGGUCUGCACAGACUCUGGGUUUGGUCAGAUAACAGCACCUCCACAUUCACACACUGGAAAUCUAAUAGACCCGCAUCCAGAAACACUAAUCACGAUGACUGUGCAUUGAUUGAUCACCAAGGUAUAUGGACAGAUGAGGAGUGUUUCGAAAAGGAUCCCUUUGUGUGUUAUGAUGAGAAGCUGGUUCUGGUCCGAGAGAAUAAGACGUGGACUGAAGCUCUGAGACGCUGCAGAGAUAUGAACAUGGACCUGGUGUUGGUGGAUUCGGAGCAGAUGCAGCAGCGGGUGAUGAAUGUGACCUCGAGUGCCUCCUCUGAUCACGUGUGGCUGGGUCUGCGUCACUCCUGCACAAUGGGGAUCUGGUUCUGGGUCAACGGUCAGACCAUGUGCUACGAUCAGUGGGCUUCUGAUUUUGACAGCGGACUGGACGAAUGUGAUAAGACGGUGAGAUCCGGAGCCAUUCGGACCCGUGAUAAUCACUGGACCAGCCUUCCUGAAACUGAAGAAAUCAACUUCAUCUGCACCAAGUACAUGUGAUCCAGAUUACACAAUCAGAUUACUAAUAUUCAUGCAUAUAAAAUACGGUAUAAAUAUAAAAUGCCAAAAAUACAAUUCCUGGUUACUUUUAAUUGAUGACAAAUUAACAAAAUGAAACUAAAUUGUUCAAGUAAUCAGAAAGUACUCAGAAUACAUUACUUAAAAUUUUUAUUUGUGUCUAGUUUUCGUAAAGCAAUUUGUAACCAGUAACAGAUAUAAUAUAAUAUAAUAUAAUAUAAUAUAAUAUAAUAUAAUAUAAUAUAAUAUAAUAUAAUAUAAUAUAAUAUACCCUCUGUGUGUCAGUCAAAUAACAGAUUAUGAAGAUUCAUUCAAGCCAUUUGGGCUCAAUUCAAGUAGAAUCAGUUCAGUUCCAGUUAAUCAGUAAAGCAAUUUUUCAUAAUAUCUGUUCACAGAACAUGUAUAUUUCAUCGUUAGAUUUGGGAAGUUUUCUGUUCACAGACUCAAAUGAUCUCCAUUUAAAGUCUUUUCAUGUCUAUUUGAACUUCUGUCAUGUUUUCAUUUGUUUAAGGUCAGUUACUGUAUAUGAUUCAGUUUCAUGACUCAUGAGGUGAUGGGGACAAACAUUUACUGUGGGUUUUGUUUUUUCAGUUUGCUUUAUUAUUGUGUUUUAUUGCGUAAUAUUAAGUACUAAGCACUUACAUUUACUUUUCUGGAACUGAUAUGUUCUGCAAACUGCAUCAAAAAAAGUCUUCUGAAUUUUAUCCUCUGUUUUAGCUAGUUUCCUGAAGAGUUCCUAAAUGGACAAUAUAUGGAAGAUGCUUUUAUGUAUUUGUCAUGUUUAGUUUUGUUUUCAUGGACUUUUAGUUUGCAUCUCAUUGUUUCCUUGGUCGUCAUGGUUUCUAAGUAUGCGCUCAUUUGUCACCAUAGUUACUGAUUAUGUUGCUCACCUGUGUUUUAUUUCUUUCUUUCAUUACUGUGUAUUUAUACUCCUCACACUCUGCAUUAUUGACUCUUAACAUUUUUGGCUCAAUAACAAAUUGUGUCUUUUGUUGUUUUGUGUAAAAUUAUCUACAAUGAAUACAUGUAAGGAUAAACGUAUAAAAUUAAUUAUAUUAUAUAAUGAUAAAUAUUGAUUGAGUGACUUAAUGGAAUCUUUGCAUCAUAUUUGAACAUCAGCAGAAGC